CCUACGCACUAUCAGUUUUGUUCAUUCAACUUGAAAUUGUUGAAGGGUUUAAACUUCCUGGUAGGGAAAGGAAAAGCAAAGACUUGAGGGAUAUAUAUUAAUCAGAUGGCCAUGUGAGGUCAGGUGAAUAUAAACUGACAAGAGUUUAUAAAUCAUGAAAUGGUUCAGAGAUUUAAACAGGUAAAAGAAAAAUUCACGAAACUUUAUGAAACAAAAUGGCUUCAAAGCACAGUACAUCAUUGAAACACUCAGUGUUAAAUGCCUCUGAUGAGAUACAUGACUUUUCUUGUUCUGUGUGUAAAGAUGACAAUCUCAACAUAGAGGCCAAGCAUUUCUGUGGGGACUGCUCAAAAUAUUACUGUGACAAGUGCCUGCCUUUUCAUGCCAAAAUACACAAGCGCCAUGUUGUGUUAGGCAAAAAGGAUGUGGACAAGUGGGUUGGGCAGGGUGACACCCUGGUUAUGUGCAACCUUCACCCUCCCAAGGUCUUGGAACUGCAGUGUGAGGAUCACAAUGAACUCUGUUGUCACCUCUGUGUGUCACUAAACCAUAGGAUGUGCAGAAGCAUCAGCCUGAUAUCUGACCUGGCCAGGGGCAUACACAAGAAGGCUGACUUCAAGCAGCUUCAAGCCAAUGUAACAAAGGUAACAAACACCCUCAACCAGGUGACAGAGGCCAGAAAGAAGAACCAGAACUCUCUUAAGGCUUCAGGCAAGUCCAUGCUGACAAAGAUCAAGACUCUGAGGUCUUCACUGAACCAGUUGCUGGAUGAGCUGGAGAAAAAAACAGUGGAACAGAUGGACAGUGUCCUGGCUGACCUUGAUGGGUCACUACAGAAGGAUAUUGACCACUGUGACCUCCUACAUGACCAGCUUAAGGCCUUACUGGACUAUGUCCAAAUCCAGGGCAAGGACAGCGAGUCCAGCUCUUACAUUGGCCACAGGAAAUGCCAGGAAAAGAUGGAUGAAGCUAACAAAGUGCUUCAUGAUAUGUCCCCCAAACCAGAGGAAACUGUCACUUUUAAGCCAAACACACAUGUUGAACAACUACUGGCAGACUUGAAGACACUGGCAAUUAUUCAGGCAUAUCCUGAUCCACGGUUGGAUCAUUCAUCUGGACAAAUCAUACAGUCCACUGAUAAAUCCAAGGUUUACAUGGUGAAAGAAAAGAAAACAUUUAAAGUACAGUUAAAUACUGACAAAAAAGAUUGUAAUGUUAUUGGUAUUACAGAACUUCCAGGAGGAGAGAUUGUUCUGGCAGAAUGUAGCAAUUCCAGAGUAAAGGUGUUAGACAGCAAAUACAAAGUGACAUCCCACUGUGAUCUCCCUGAGAAUCCACGGGACAUCUGCCACAUCUCAGACCAUCAAGUGGCUGUAGCUGUAAACAAAAGAACUGUCAGGCAUGAGGUCCACUUUCUCACAGUGUCAGCUGACACCAUCAAGAUGACCAGGGAGUUCUCAGUUGACCAUAAAUGUUACUCCAUCAAGCACCAUGACAGUCAGCUGUAUGUGGGUGCCCUCACUGCCCUGUACCUCUACACAACUGAAGGUAAACUUGUCAAGAAAGUAUAUCAAGACACAUCUGGGAAUUUUACAGUGAACCACUUUGCAUUGAACACUGAUGGCAGCCAGAUAUUCAUCCCUGCCUCAUCUAACAACAAGGUUGUCACAAUUGACACCACAGGCAACAUUCUGGCCACUCUCCAGGACCCUGACUUUAAGUGGCCUUUUAGUGUACAUGUGAGUGAGGCUGAACAUGUGUUUGGGUGUUCAACUCUAUCGAACACAGUUGUGCAGGUUGAUCAUGAAGGCAGGAAGAAGCUGGCCACACUUGUCAGGAAAGGCGAUGGCAUCAACAUGCCAAAGGCAGUCUGGUACAGCACCCACACAGGCAGGCUUAUUGUUGGGGGACAACAAAAUGACAUUCUGGUGAUGGAACUACAGUAGACAUUGUCAGUGGAAAAAAAAACAAAUUCAGUUUCUUAAAUUGUGUUGACUAGCAUUAAGAAGAAUGCCCAAAAUUACCUAUACCUGUACAUGUGUAUUCAUUACAUCAAGUUUCAGUAGUUUCAAUCUUUUUUAUUCAUAUUGUUCAGGAUGUCCUUGAUGUUUCAAUCAGUUCAAUAAUUCUACCUUAAUAUUAUGGCUUGACUACUGACUUAUUUGUUAUAAAAGAAGUUAUAAUUCUUUUCUGAUUAUAUCUAUUCAUUACAUUUUCACACAUUUUAAUCACUCUGUAAGUCUUAAAGACAUUACUUUUGAAAGUAACAUAUCUUUAUUUGAUCCAUAUUGUUAUAAAAAUAAUUUUGAAACCCCCCAGUUAUAUUGGAUAAUGUGAAACACGAGAUUUAUGCAGUUGUAUGUAUGUUUGCAGUUUACGAUAUAUGUGUAUAUUGAGUAUAAAAUUCAGUGUACUAUAUCUAUAUGGGAUCAUUAAAUCAUCAUUCUAUACCAAUCUUAUCAAGUUACAUUUAUCAAACACCAAAUGAUCAAGAAAGAUUAUCACCAUAUUCCAUUAUCAAUGUUUAACAUUAUCUGGUCUUCAUCUUUCAUUAAAUUAUUACUAUGAACUCGUAAACCUUUAAUCAGCCUAGCAUGAAACAAUUUGUAAGUGUUCCAAAUCAUUUUUGUUGAAUGGGAUCGCAGUAAUUUUGCAAAAAAAACAAAAUUCAUUUGAGUACUUUUCAAAUCUGCUGAACAUGAUUAAGGUAGAUCAUCAGUCAGCCAUUUUAUUUUUCCAAUAACAUUUAAAUCAGGUAUAUUGGCCGAUUUAAACAUAGGCAGGACUAAUUGACAAAAUAUAAUUUUAAACACUAACCCAAUUAUUUGCAUGUAUCAAAUUGAAUGUGGUUAGGCCCAGCACAUGUAUUACUUAUAUAUAGCUCUCAGUAUGAGUUUGGAAAUAUUAAAUAUUCAUGUGUCCAUACAAAACAUAUAAAAUCUUCAAAAA